UCUGCAGUGAGAGUGAGGAAUCGGAUCAGCCCCUCUGACUCAGGGAGAGGUGGGGCCAAGGAAAGAAUUGUUUUCAUUAUUUUGGACAAACCCCGGAAGGGCCUCUAAGCGCCCCCCUUGCACAUUGCUGGAGUGGGGUGUGCUGACUGCUGCUUAUUUUUCAAGUCGUUUUGAGAGGUUUGAAUGGCUCAGAUGUUGAACAGUGAUGUUUCUGACCAUAGGCUAAAUGUGAAAGCCAUAAUUAAAAAUAUUAAUACAAUUUCUUUGGAAUUGAAGAAAAUGAAAGAGCACUCCCAGUUACUGCUCUGUGACCUUACUCUACAUUUUAAUCACCCUGUGAAGACAGAUGACUCCAAGGAAACAGAAAGCAACAAGCCCCUCUUUGAAGAGUUUAAACUGUCAGAUGUAUCCCUUACUUCUAACCGUUUUUCUUCCUAAUUUUUUACUUAUCUGUCGUGAAUUUAUAACUAUGUAUUGUUGAAUUAACAAGUACCUUGGAGA